UGUGACGAUAGAUCUUGAGAAGAUCUUUCCGACGCAACAAGAAUCCCUUCAAUCGGAGCAAGAACGGUUGGUUGACCCAACCAACCCAAACCUUCAUCUACACUACAACACUGACAUACUACAUGCUAUAGAUAUAGGAUAUAUUGUAACACAACCCCUUAGCAUGUAGAAAUGAGAGUAGCUCAGCUUCACAGGACGAGAGAGCGAUGGCGGAGGAACUAGUGGAGCACCAGCUGAUGAGGCCGCUGCCGAGGGCAAAGCCGUAUCCUUGAGAGGAGCACCGGUCAGGCUGGCAGUCUGCCCAGGACGAGUCACUUUAGCCACCGAGGGUGGCAGGAGCAGUGCCACCAAGAGUGAGGGCGUAGCCAUUCGUGCCAUGGAGGUAGCAAAGCACUCUUUUGGCCGCAGUCCAGUGUUCGUCCGUGUGGCGCCCAGUCCCGACGAAGCGGGCGAGGACGCUGAUGGGGUAGGCAAGGUCGGGGCGGGUGCACAUCAUGGCGUACAUGAGGGAGCCAACGAGUGCGGGGUAGGGGUUGGUGGAGGAGAUGGGUUGUGCUGGUGGUGCGAGCUGAUGGCCGAAUUCAAGGGGGGUGGAGACUGGGCGGGUGCUGGCCAUGUUGAAGCGGGUGAGGACGUUCUCAAGGUAGAACUGCUGCGAAAGGGUGAUGGUGCGGGAGGCACGGUCCCGUGUGAUGGUCAUGCCCAAGUAGUUUUCCAGCUCCCCAAGAUCCUUGCAGGCCAGAUGUGUCUGAAGGUCGCGCUUGACCUGUGUCAUCUCCGCUACAUCAUCCGCGACCAGGAUCAUAUCGUCAACGUAGACAAGGAUGUAGAAGCGGGAUGGGGUGGUACGGAUGAACAAGUUGACAUCUGCCUUGGAGGGGGAGAACCCGAGGGCGUGGAGAGUGGAAGCGAGUUUGUUGUACCAUUCCCGAGGUGCCUGUUUGAGGCCGUAGACUGGGCGACGGAGGUCCCAGACAGUGUCGGGGGGGAAUGGCUCGUGAAACCCUUGGGGUCGUUCCAAGUGGACCUCUUCAUAGAGUAUGUUUUGGAGAAAGGCAUUGGAGACAUCCAUGCAAUGGAUGACCAUGUUGAGGCGAGCCGCCAUGUCGAGGAUGGCGCGGAUGGUGGGAAGUUUGGCCGUGGGGGAAAAAGUGUCCCAAUAGUCGAUGGCCGCCCACCAGUGGCGGGCAUCAGGACAGGUGGUGGCUUCACGGAAGUUUCCAGGCACGAAAAUUGCGGAAGUGCCAGAGAAAGCGAAGACUAGGGAUCCUCCAAAGUCCAGAAUUACUGGAGCUAGGGUGGGGUGAUUAGGAGGAAAGGUGCUGGUUGAGGAAUUCGCCCCCACCGUUGGAGUGGAAGCGACUGAUAGUGCGGCGAAAGUGAGUGUGUGCUUGGGUUGCCCAAGCGGUGAUGGCUGCUGCGGCCUCAGCUUUGGAGCGGAGGAGGGAGACAGUGGAGUAACGGCUGUGGUCAUCAAUGAUGACGAGGAGGUAGCGGUGGCCCAUGCAAGUGGGCUGUGGGUUUGGUUCCCAAAGGUCAAGGUGCACGAGGUCAAGGGGUGCGGGUGCAUAGGAAG